AUCACAUUGUUCAAAGUAUUCAAACGAAUAGACUACUAGUCUUGUACCCACAUUUACCAAUGCGUGCUAACAAGGCUGCCAAACUGCAUUGUUGCGUGCCUUUUAGGACAUACAUGUAUUGAUGGUGUGCUGUAUAUUUAAACUUAGCUGUUGCAUUAUCCAUUUCAGGCCUCCUUUGACCCUCAUUUAUAUGUGCCAAUGUGGCUUCUACAUCUAUAGCUCUGCUGCCCUCCUUACCUGGGAAACAAGGCGGAAGGAUUUCUCUGUUAUGAUGUCUCAUCAUGUUGUCACUGUUAUUCUGAUUGCUUACUCAUACAUGGCAAGGUUCUUUCGGGCAGGUGCAGUGAUUCUUGCAUUGCAUGAUGCAAGUGAUGUAUUUCUUGAAGCUGCUAAGGUUUUUAAAUAUUCUGAAAAUGAGCUUGGAGCUAGUGUGUGCUUUGGAUUGUUUGCCAUUUCAUGGUUUACACUAAGGCUGGUAUUCUUUCCAUUUUGGGUUAUACGAUCCUCAAGCUACUACUUGUGCGAAGUCCUGAACCUGUCAGAGCCAUAUCACAUGGCAAUAUAUUAUGUCUUCAAUACAAUGCUAUUGAUGCUGCUCGUUUUCCAUGUUUAUUGGUGGAUUCUAAUAUGCUCAAUGAUCAGAAGACAACUGAAGAAUAGAGGAAAAGUUGGAGAAGAUAUAAGAUCAGAUUCGGAGGAUGACGAUUAGUCAGAAGAUGAUGCUCAAGUUCUUCUGUAAAGUAAUUUUGCUUGGCGAAAUUGCUUGUGAUUUGAAGGUUCACUUCUGUUAGUGAUUGGUUUUACCAUGUAGGAUAGAUGGAACUCUCUACAAUAUUCCUAGUCCGUGUUUUCUUUUCCUAGUAGAGAAAAAUGUAGGACUAUCUAAUAUUUCACUGGUAUAUUGUGACUUUGAUGUAAAAAUAAUAGGUGCUUCCAAAUCAUGUCACCCAAUGUAAUAUUAUUGUCACAAUAAAAUUGUGGUAGCAUCAUUUUUUCCA